AGACACGUCACCAAAAGUAUUUAAGCCACACACUUUCUGAGCUUUCUUUGUCUACCUCAAUAUGAUAUAGAAGUAAAAGUUAACCGUGGAAGAAUCUGGUGUGUCCUGUGUUUAUUUCCCGCGGGACGGGGAUAAGCUCGGGAUACUUGGUGCUAGAAACCCGGGAAAAAACGCCUUAACAACGCGGCACCUAGAGGAGACCCUCCGACCAACCGGAGCAGAUUUCAGAACCACGGUGGAUUUUGGAAUUCCGAGAGCAUGCUGAAUCCUUGAAGAAGACAACCCAUUCUGGCUGCCGGAACGACUGACACGGAGAAUUCCGACACCUGAAGAUGACUCCCAGAUGGAUCCCUUGGAAACUACCUCUAAUCCUCAUGCUACCUCUGUGGAUUUGGGUUCCUAGUAUAUUUGGAGAGUAUAGAUGGGCAAUUCUGUCUGCUUUCCCUAAGCCUAUGCCUGUUCGUCAUAAUACAGCUGUUUUUCCCAAGUUUUUUACGACCAAUAAAACUUUAGGCCUGCCAUACCUACCAUUUGACCCUAUCUGGGCACCAUUGGGAGAAAAACGCUCUUUAAGGGAACGAGGUUCUCUCUGUUUCCAAAUUUAUGAAUUAGGAGGUUGUAUCAGACUCACCAGCCAAGCUUUGGGAAUGUUUUUUAAGUAUCGAGGAGGCGUGGUGAAAAUAACCCAAGACACUUCCAACAGAGAUAUAACCCUUACAAAUCGGACCUUCUGGCAUGAGGCAACUUGGGUUAAUGGUACAUUUCUACCACCUAACUUUUCAGAUAAAGAACGUCCCAAUCAACCAAAAAUGGCUCCUCAUUGUAGCUUGGAAGAUGAAGGGCUGAUCCUGCCUUGGUCUGAUUGUCAAUCCUCUGUCACUCGUUGGGCAGAUCAGAGUAAAACUUUUUCCUUUUCUCCCAACAUGAUAGAUGACCCAGAGCAGAAAUAUGUUAUGAAAAAGGGACUUUUCAUACAGGACUUUAGAAUGCAUCCUUUUCAUAAAUGGGUACUUUGUGGGAUUAAUGGUAGCUGUACAGAUCUUAAUCCCUUGGUUUUCCUCCAAGGAGGAGCUGCUGGAAAAGCGAUUUUUAAUGGUAUUUCAAAAUUUGCUCAGUUUCAUCAAGUUCUGUUACCUGAUAGAACCAUUUAUCAAAAUUCUACUACUGAAAUCACUGGAUUUAAUAAGACAUUGAUAAAGCAGACUAAUUAUUUACCUACUCCAGUUUGUGUGUACACCCCUUUCUUGUUUAUUCUUUCUAAUGGUUCCUUUGAAUCCUGCACUAAUGAAACCUGCUGGAUGUCACAAUGCUGGAGCCUUAAGUGGGCCAGCCGUGCAAUGCUUGCCAAGAUUCCACGAUGGGUUCCUGUCCCCGUGGAGACCCCUUCCACCAUAACCUUACACAGGCAAAAGCGAGACUUUGGUAUCACUGCAGCCGUUGUGGUGGCAAUGGCUGCCAGUGCGGCGGCAGCUACAGCUGCUGGAAUUGCUAUGGCAACAUCAGUCCAGUCAAGCACAACUGUCGAGCAGUUGUCCUCCUCCGUGGCGGAGGCGAUCGAUCAACAUUCAGUGCUCAGUGCCCAAUUAAAAGGUGGGCUAAUGAUAGUGAACCAGCGCAUUGACCUGGUGGAGGAAAGACUGGAAAUUCUGCUCCAAUUGGCUCAGCUUGGCUGUGAUAAGAAAUCAGUAGCCUUAUGUAUUACUAGUGUCCAAUAUGAAAAUUGGACACAUGCAGCUAAUCUAUCUAAAGAAUUGUCUUUGUUUCUUACAGGAAACUGGUCUGAAGGAUUUGACGAAAAACUUGAGGCGCUACGUACAGCAGUGAUGACGAUUAAUUCUACGCGCGUGGACCCAUCAUUGAUCGAUGGAAUCAAAGGACUUUCUUCCUGGAUGUCCUCUGCAUUCUCACAUUUUAAAGAGUGGGUGGGAGUGGGCCUGUUUGGUGCAACCCUGUGUUGUGGACUAGUGUUUCUUCUAUGGCUGGUAUGCAAACUCAGAUCUCAACAGAAACGUGACAAGGUGGUAAUUGCUCAAGCACUUGCUGCCAUAGAGCAAGGCACCUCCCCUGAAAUUUGGCUAUCUAUUCUCAAGAAUUAGUUGGCAUUUGAGUUCUCUGUCCUUGCAUCCCACAAAAUUGUGGAUACAUUGCAUUGAGAUGAGAGAAACUCAACGAUCAU